AUGCGCCUUCCAUAUGUUCAAGAUCCUCCCCCAACCAGCACACCAGAUGAAGCACGAAUCCUCGCCGACGUUCAAGCACGGCGAGAACCGAAUCCUCUCCUGCCCCUCGACCUAGCUCUCUUACACUCCUUUCCAAUAGCAGAGGGAUGGAACUCAUUCUUCGGUGCAAUCAGAACUCAAACAAGCCUGUCGACUAUAGUUCGCGAGCUGGCAAUCUGCCGUGUCGCAGUUGUCAAUGGUGCUUUGUUUGAAUGGGAACAACAUGCUCCCUUGUUGCAAGAAGGUGGGAUGAAGGAUGAAACAUUGGAGAUUAUUAAAGAUUCUCAAGCAAACUUUGCAGAUGAGUCUUUCUCCUCGGCUCUUAGCCCUGAGCUAAGGGUCGUGAUAUGUUAUACGGAUGCUAUGACGAAGGCGAUCAAGGUGCCGGAUGAAGUAUUCGAAAACUUGAAGAGCUAUUUUAAUCCUCAAGAGGUUCUUGAGCUUACUACAACGAUUGCAGGAUAUAACUGUGUUAGCCGGAUAUUGGUCGCCUUGGAUAUUGGCGAGAGAAAUCAAGGUGCUGGGAGCUGGUUCAGAUAA